AUGCCGGCACCAGUGCGCCCGCCUCCUGAGAUGCCCAAUCGAGCAGCAGAGUUUCGUUAUUUUCGCCCCAUAGCUUUUGGGCUCGCAGCUUCCGCAGGUAUAUACGUUACAGCGGCGGUCGUAUACGAUAAUGAAUCGCAGAAGAGUUGGCUUCGACUGCAAUAUAUCCGUGAUCGAUUCCGACGUUGGUCCUUCAGAGGCGGUCAAGUAGACGAAGAAGGCCUCAUGGCCGCUCUUUGGCGGGAAAAAAGAGACAUGUUGGACGAGAAAUCGCGGCUCUUCAUGAGAAAAGUUCGACGAACUUUGGACAAGCUUGAACUACCCCCAGCACUUGACGAUGCCAUCACCAUGUUAGCCGACAAGUAUGCAGGCUUUUCAGAAGCAGACAAGACCAUGGCAGCCCUCAUUGCGAUCAAUCUCGCUGUCUUCUCACUGUGGCAAAUACCAGCAAUGGCACCAUUCAUGACACGUUGGUUUACGCAUCACCCGGGCUCGGGACGAUCCAUCACCCUACUGACCAGUUGCUUUUCACACGCUUCGUUCUUCCAUCUUGGUUUCAAUAUGCUUGGUCUUUGGUCGUUUGGCCCUCUGGUGUAUGACGAACUCGGUAGAGAACAAUUCCUGGCAAUGUAUCUCGGUACCGGCAUUGGCGCCAAUAUAAUCAGCCAUAUCGGUAAUUUGAGGCUGCAUCCUCGACGAAUGCUGGCUCCCAGUCUUGGUGCGAGCGGGGCUCUCUAUGGUUUACUGACAGCCACCGCCAUCAUUCAUCCUCACGCCCAAGUGGCCAUCGCCUUUCUGCCUUUUAUACCUAUCACCAUAAGCACCGCUGUGGGGGGUUUGAUGACCAUGGACGCUCUUGGCAUUAUCUGCGGAUGGAGAGCCUUUGAUCAUUUUGCUCAUUUAGCUGGUGCAGGCAUCGGUCUUGGUUAUCUGACCUUUGGCGAGCAAUACAUGUGGCAACCAUUGGUGAGAAAGAUCCGUGAGAUCCGAAGCAAACGUCGAGGAGGAGGAGGAGGAGGAAGCGGAGAGCCUCAACUACCUUUGGAAAUGCAAGCCCGCUCUCGCUUCCCGUGGUGGUUCCGAGGCAAUCCAUCCAAAGAAUAA